AUGUCUCCAAACGUUCUCCGGUGGUUUAGCCUCGUCGCUCUUCUCUGGCUUCAAUCUCUCAACGGCACAAACUUGAGUUUCCCUGCUUACUCUUCACAGCUCAAAGAGUUUCUCUCAAUCUCUCAGUUUAAACUCAACUACCUCUCUUUUGCCUCCGACGCCGGAAAAGUCCUCGGUUUUAUCUCCGGAAUCGCCGCCGUUCAUCUUCCUCUACCACUCGUGCUUCUUGCCGGAGGUUCUUUAGGCUUCGCUGGCUACGGUCUUCAGUAUCUCUGCAUCGUCAAGAAGAUGUUCACUUUAUCGUUUUAUCAGAUCUGGGGCUUGAGUUUCUUGGCCGGAAACAGUAUCUGCUGGAUCAACACGGCUUGUUACAUCGUAGCCAUCAACAGUUUUCCGGUGAAUCGUCAAGUUGCCGUGGGGAUCACGGCGAGUUAUCAAGGUCUGAGCGGGAAAAUAUACACCGACAUAGUCCACACGUUCUUCUACUCGUCUCAACGUGAAGCCGCUUCUGGCUAUCUCUUGCUCAACUCUCUCGUUCCUUUGAUCGGUUGUCUCGUGACGGCUCCUAUGUUGAUGAGAGGCGUGAAAACUACGUUUUCUGCGUCUGGGGACGUAAAAGUCGGGUUCGUGGUUUUGUUCGGUGUGACUAUAGCCACAGGAAUUUACGCCGUGGCCACGAGUCUUGUCCCGGCUCCUGCGGUUUUAGUACUCGUAGGCAUUGUUUUGCUUCUUCUUGCUCCUCUCGCUAUUCCAAUUGGAGUUAGACUCGAGGAGGUUAAGUCGUCAAGAAGAAUUCAACAAAAGGUACACGACUUGGAAGCUCCAAUAGAAGAAGAACAAACGAAAGAAGAAGAAGAGUUUGAUGAGAAGGCAAUAGUUGGAGUUAAAGAAGAAGUCGAGUGGACAAAACUAUGGAAGAAACUCGAUUUUUGGAUAUAUUUUGGACUUUAUUUGUUUGGUCCAACGGUCGGGCUAGUGUUUAUGAACAAUCUUGGUCAGAUCGCUGAAUCUCGUGGCUGCACAGCGACCACUUCCUUGGUCGCUCUCUCGUCUUCGUUCGGGUUUUUCGGCCGCUUGCUUCCUUCCUUACUCGACUACUUCUUCUCUAGGAGCAAAUACAUGCCAUCAAGCCCAGUUUCUAUGGCCGUCUCACUGGUUGCCAUGGUUGCUUCGUUUCUGCUUCUCCUCAUUGACUCCAACAUCGCUCUAUACGUCAGCACGGCAAUGAUCGGCAUCUUCUCUGGAGCCUUGACUUCUCUCUCCGUCACAAUGACUGCAGAGCUUUUUGGGACAAAACACUUUGGAGUUAACCACAAUAUUGUUGUUGGAAGUAUUCCAAUUGGUUCUUUCGCUUUCGGUUUAUUAGCCGCUAAAGGUUACCGCGACGGAGCAGCCAUCUCCUUUGGUUCUGACGGCAAGUGUUAUGGGAUGUUAUGCUUUCAAACCACUUUGAUCUUCUGGGGAAUGCUCUGUUCUAUCGCCGCCAUUCUUGCUACGGUUUUGUAUGUGCGCAACCGCAAGUUCUACUCGAAGAAACCAGAAGAGACGCAACAAAUUUUGAAAGAGGAAACACAUUGUUCUCCAUCGGUUAAUUCACGCGACUUUGUCAAACAGUGGGAUUUUUUGGUACCAAACUAAUUUUGGUGAUAGUUUGCGUUUUUGUUAUAAACCGAUGGUGAGAAAGUAAAUAUUUUGUAUA